GCCGCGCCGCCACAGUCGCGCACGACAUCGCAUAGCGCACGGACGUCUGCACCCGGAGCGCUCACUUUGUCCAAACACUCACUUUUGGCGGGAUUUCGCACGGACGCGGGCGAACGUGACGCGACUCGGAAUGCGCGCAUGUUGUCAACGCGACCGAGGCGCCGUCGCAGUGAAAUCUGUGGCGAUUUGGAUUGCAGUGUUGGAUCUUUGGAUGAAAUAGUGCGCUGUGGCGUAAUUUUUUUAGUGGAUUGCGUAUUGAACGUAACCAAGGAAAAUGUUCGUAAGUGGCGUCGAUUAGUACAUUUUGUGAUCAGUGAAGUGUCUAUUGAAAAACAGUUGUUUUGUUUGUGUGUCGGAAUACUUUGCAACAAUUUCGUUCAUUGUUAAUAAAGUGGGUGGAGAGGCAGCUGGCAUGCAUAUGUGUUAUGAGAGGCCCGGCCUGGUCACCGCUCUGAACGGCGCCGUCGGGUACGACAAGUGGGACCGGGGCGGGGGUGGCGGCGGCGCGGGCGCGGGCGCGGCGUGGCCUGGCCGCGAGCGCGAGCCGCGCGACGCCCGCGACAGCCGCGAGGCGCGCGACACCCGCGACACUCGCGACACGCGCGACCGCGAGCGCGACCGGGAGCGCGAGCGGCAGGCGCGCGCGCACCAGAUGUCGCACGCGCACGCCGCCGAACCGACUGACUCCUCAUCACUAUUCCCGGCACCAUUCAGAGUGACGGGUAACAGGGACCGCGUCAGCCAGCAGAUACAGAUCAAGCUCGGCGACUACCACCUCGCGCAGACGUUGCUCGACGACCCCAGCAAGUCCAUCGGCAUAUGCGCGGAGCCGGCCAGCCCGGCGCCAUGUCACCCUUCGAGGCGGGAAAGCGAGUUCAAAAAGCCUGCGCACGCGCCGCAAAAUGGUCGAAUACACCAUCGACCGUACCCUUACAACAAGAGCGAAGGUCCCAACUCGAGCGGGCCGACGGCGCACCGACCACCGCCUCUACGGAUACCAAACGGGUUUCCGGCACAGAAUGCCAUCGACAGCAGUCAACCGCCUAUAGAGAGUAUUUUAAAGGAGAUGAAGUCGUUGCCCACCCCGCUGUCUGUGAUCGCCGCGACACCAAGGAAGGAGGCCGAGAACAAAUUCAUAUUUAACCCCUAUACGAAUAAGGUGCAAGAGAAUCCUCAAUUAACAAACAAAGAUCUCAAAACUCCUGUCGCGAAGCCCGGUUUGGACAGUCGGAUAUCGAACUCAAGGAGUUCCGUGUCGCCUGACGUGGUGAACAAGGACCUCGGCCUGUCCGAGAGUGACGAUGAAGUCGCGGCCACCACCACUCGCUUAGAACCCAUCCUCUCCCCCAUCCGCUCCGGCGACAGCCCGAGCUCAGCGAGCGAGUCGUCGCCGUCCGACUCCGAGUCGGAGUCGUCGUCCGCUGAGUCGACGAGCGCGGCGCCGCCCCCCGCGCCCGCGCAGCCCCCCGCGCAGCGCCCCUCGUGGGGGCUGAGCAACUUCGCGCCGCCGCCGGUGCACCCGCCGGACCACGACCUGAGCAACGUGCUCGCCGAUGCCAAGGGGAAACCGCAGAGUCCAAUAUCGGAUUUAACGGACUCAGAAGCGUCGUCGCCGUCGCCCGGGGCCAGGCGGCGGAGGUCGCUGGCCAAUCGCAUUUCGACGGCUUCCAGCGAUGAAGACACCCCCAGGCCGGCACCGGUGCGACCGCAAGCGUCUCCCAGCGUGCCGCCGCCGGCGCCGAGCGGCUCGCAAGGCUCCGGAGUCAAGCGCGGGCGGCCGCCCAAAGUGCGCGCCUCGGAGGAGCGGCCGGCGAAGAAGAAGCGCGGCCGCCCGCCCAAGACGCGCCCCCUGUCGCCCGCCGCGCCCGACAGCGAGCCGGAGCCCGACCCGCCCGUUACCCACGCGCUGCAGGACACCAAGACGCAUAUCUUCCGCAAGGUUUUCACUCCGAAAAAAGGUGAUGAAUGCGGAGGCAAGGGCGGCAAAGGUGGUAAAGGCAAGGGUGGAAAGGGAAAAGGUCAGGUGACCAUCAUCGAAGUGACGGCGCCGGAAUCCGGCGCUGAUGAUGAUGAUCGCAGGCACAGGGACCGCUCCACCACCAGGGACGAGGAGGCCAAGGCCAGAGUCUCACCACCCCAGGAGCCGGAAACGUGCACCAGGAAACGGGAAGCGGAAAGGAUCGCCAACGAGAGGAUACAGGAGAGAGUGCCCAUAGAGAGGCCGGACUACCGCCGCCCGGAAGACAGGCCCACGAUAGAACGCACCUCUGUAGAUCGACUGCCGGAUCGAAUAGGUUCUGACCGGUUACUGCCGGAACGGAUGCCCUCAGACAGACGGUCAACGGACCGGUUACCGCCGGACAGAAUGUCGACCGACCGACUGGCUGAUAGAAGCGACCGCCUGCAAGAGAGACUUGCGGCCGACCGCUUGCAGGAGAGACUGUCGACGGAGCGCUUGCAAGAGAGGCUAUCGACGGACCGCUUGCAGGGCAGGCUAGCGAGCGAUCGGUUGCAAGACAGAAUGUCGAACGACCGCCUCUCGCCCGACCGCCUGUCCGACAGGUCCGAUCGGUUGUCGGACAGGAAGAGCGAUAAGAUGCUGAUCGAUCGGAUACCGAGCGAGAAGAUGGACCGGCUGUCUAGUGAUAAGAAGAUAUCGGUGGAGCGCGUCGAGAGGAUAGCGCCGGAGCGGGCGGAGGCCGACGUGGGCUUCGUGCAGUGUCCAGUGCAGAACUCCUUAUCGAAUGUGUCGGAGCGGCGCAGCCGGGCGCGCGUGCUGGUGAGCAUCCCGCUGGCGCGCCUGCAGGCCGAGCUGGUGCGCGCGCUGCGCACGCCGCGCCGCGCCGCGCCGCCCGCGCCGCGCACGCCGCACACGCCGCACACGCCGCACACGCCGCACACGCCGCGCACGCCGCCCGACCACCCGAGUGAAGUAGCAGCCACGAACCACGAGCGGGCGAGCGCGUGCUCGGGCCAGACGCCCAUCUACUACUCGUACUUCGAGCAGCUCCCCGCCGACACGCUCUCGGACGAGGAGCGGGACCACAAGUACUACCUGGGCGAGGCGCAGCGGCUGCGCUCUGCGGCGGAGCGCGAGCAGCACAACCUGCCGCGCGUGAUGCUGUACCUGGAGUCGGUGCUGUGCUUCGUGCUGACGGGCCGCCUGCUCGAGCUGGAGCUGGACACCAAGCGCGCCUUCACCAUCUACCGCGAGACCAUCGAGUACAUCAAGUCGAUCCACGCGAUGCCGCAGCGCUUCCGCGCCGAGGUGCGGCGCCAGGGCGGCGACCCGCACUCCACCUUCAGCAAGCUCGACAUCCUCAGUCUCCGCGUGCAAGCCCUGCUGUACCUGCGAAUGUUCAAGAUGUACAACCGGGAGGUGAAGGAGUACUACAAGAUCGUGCAAGAGUAUCAGCAAAAGGUCGGUAAUCCGGCGUGCGCGGAGUCGGUGUCGCCGCUGUCGCCGACGCCGUCGCCGGCCGGCUCGGUGGGGUCGGGCGGCUCGGCGUCCAGCGGCUACUGCUCGCUGGCGCACGCCGUGCCCGCGCACGCGCACCACGCGCUGCUGCAGCUCACCAAGUACUACACGUUCCUGUACGUGGCGCACGACCUGUGGGAGCAGGCCGACUGCCUGUGCCGCCUGCGCCCCAACCAGGAUCUGUUCAUAGCGGUGGACCGCAAGUGCGGGCCGCUCACGCUGUUCUCCACGUUCCGCCACCUCGUGCAGUACGUGCGGUACGCGAUCUCGCUGCUCAAGAACGCGCCGCAGUGACCACGACCGUGCCCGCGACCGUGACCGCGACCGUGACCGCGACCGUGACCGCGACCGCGGGCCCGCUCGCCCGCAGCGACUACGGCGACGUGCUCACGACUCGUACAAUGUUUAUUGAAGACAUUCCAACGUUUUGUAACGUGGUGGCCAUCACGUCGGCCGACAGGUGCAGAGUUCGCGGAUGGAUUUUGUUUACACAUGGACAAUCGGGACAGUGAAAUUGUUGAUUUUUUCUAUAUAUUAUUUGUGUCAUUUACUUAGAAUCAUGAAUGGUGCCAAUUGAAUGAUAUCUCUAUGGCAUAGUAUUGCUGUCCUUGUUUCUUAUUCAAUAAAUUUAGCAUAAUAUGAG